GAGAUGGACGCGGCCACACGGGCGCUGAAGGACGCCACGGAGGAGACCUUCGGUGAGCGACCGAAGAUCGACCUGGGUGAGUACCGUGGAGAUGAUUACUCUUGGAAUGCCAUUGGUUUUUUCGGCAUUGCCUUCAUCGUGCUCGUGUGCUACGAGUCAUGGAAAGACGAGUUGGGUGGUGGACUGGUCCCCAGCAACGUGAAGACGGAUGCCGAUGAUUACUUCAAUCCGGACUUCGAUCCCUACAAAGGCAUGAACAUCAAGAAGGAGACCAAGGAGAAGGAAAAUGCCUGA